UCUCUGGUUUCGAGACUAUGGAUGACUUCCUCCGCCGUUUCGGUCAGGAGCAGGCUGAUGGCUCCUAUGCCUUCAGCAACGUCCGUAGUGGUCUCAUCGUCGGUCUGCUGUGUAUCGGUACUAUGAUCGGUGCCCUGGUUGCUGCUCCUAUCGCGGACCGCAUGGGCCGCAAGCUUUCCAUCUGUCUCUGGUCUGUCAUCCACAUUGUCGGUAUCAUCAUCCAGAUUGCCACCGACUCCAACUGGGUUCAGGUCGCUAUGGGUCGUUGGGUUGCCGGUCUGGGUGUUGGUGCCCUCUCCAGCAUUGUCCCCAUGUACCAGAGUGAAUCUGCUCCCCGUCAGGUCCGUGGUGCCAUGGUCAGUGCCUUCCAGCUGUUCGUCGCCUUCGGUAUCUUCAUCUCCUACAUCAUCAACUUCGGUACCGAGAGAAUCCAGUCGACUGCUUCCUGGCGUAUCACCAUGGGCAUUGGCUUCGCCUGGCCCUUGAUUCUGGCCAUUGGCUCUCUCUUCCUGCCCGAGUCUCCUCGUUUCGCCUACCGCCAGGGCCGUAUCGAUGAGGCCCGUGAGGUUAUGUGCAAGCUCUACGGUGUCGGCCCCAACCACCGCUGCAUCGCCCAGGAGAUGAAGGACAUGAAGGACAAGCUCGACGAGGAGAAGGCCGCCGGCCAGGCUGCCUGGCACGAGCUGUUCACCGGCCCUCGCAUGCUCUACCGUACCCUGCUCGGUAUUGCUCUGCAGUCCCUCCAGCAGCUGACCGGUGCCAACUUCAUCUUCUACUACGGUAACAGUAUCUUCACCUCCACUGGUCUGAGCAACAGCUAUGUCACUCAGAUCAUUCUGGGUGCUGUCAACUUCGGUAUGACCCUGCCCGGUCUGUACGUCGUCGAGCACUUCGGUCGUCGUAACAGUCUGAUGGUUGGUGCCGCCUGGAUGUUCAUCUGCUUCAUGAUCUGGGCUUCCGUUGGUCACUUCGCUCUGGAUCUCGCCGACCCCCAGGCCACUCCUGCCGCUGGUAAGGCCAUGAUCAUCUUCACCUGCUUCUUCAUCGUUGGUUUCGCCACUACCUGGGGUCCUAUUGUCUGGGCCAUCUGUGGUGAGAUGUACCCCGCUCGCUACCGUGCUCUCUGCAUCGGAAUUGCCACCGCUGCCAACUGGACCUGGAACUUCCUCAUCUCCUUCUUCACUCCCUUCAUCUCUAGCUCCAUUGACUUCGCCUACGGCUACGUCUUUGCUGGAUGCUGUUUCGCCGCCAUCUUCGUUGUCUUCUUCUUUGUCAACGAGACCCAGGGUCGCACUCUUGAGGAGGUCGAUACCAUGUACGUGCUCCACGUCAAGCCCUGGCAGAGUGCCAGCUGGGUUCCCCCGGAGGGCAUUGUCCAGGACAUGCACCGUCCCCCUUCCUCUUCCAAGCAGGAGGGUCAGGCUGAGAUGGCUGAGCACACCGAGCCCACUGAGCUUCGCGAGUAAGCCACUCGCGCUCGCAAACUCAUUUUGCUCGUUGUUCUUGUACAUUGAACCUGCAUCUAAAGCUUUGAUUUAUUUAAUUGCAUGAUUGCUCUUUGCAUUGCAUUUGCUAUCUAGCUAUCAUCGGCAUGAAAGCGUCCUCGCACGCAAUGUUUGAAUGGCUUGACUCAUCGGAUAGGACAUGGUUGGGAACUACGACAUCGGCGUUUGGUGAUACCUGCAACUGCAUACAUCUGUUGACGUUGACUUUUUUUUGAGGUUAUUGAGAAACGAUUUAAUACAAGUACAUAUGAACCUUACCUGUGGUCCAGUAGAUUUUUCACUCGUCUUAGUAAUGUAGUAAGUUAGACAGUAAUGUGGCCAAAUUGAUCAGUGCACUCAUUAUCCGACCAUCUCCAUACACGGAAUAGCGUCCUCCACACCCACAUCCUCGGCGUCAAUACGAAGUCAGGAACGGCUCUACACAGCGGGUCCGGG